GCAAGUCGAUAUGGUUUGUGGGUAACGAGUAGUCGUAAAUUAUUAUCAGUUGGCGAUUUGUUUUAGUUGUGAUGGUUUCUAUGGCAGUUACUUAGGUCCCGGUUAUUGUCGCCACCUUUCAUGGUGUUAUAUCAUUGAUCAGAUGUAGAGAAGGAAUUUGUUGCUGACUUGUUCAAGUGUGGCUGCGGAUGUCAAUACCCUAAGAGUGUUCGAGGGCCACGCACUUCUUGUAUGUAAGACAGAUGCUGCUGCUACUACCACUGCUAUGGUUGGUGCAUACAUCUAUGGCUGGCAGGAUGGAGGUCCUCUACAGUUGGUCUCAAGUGGACUUCACCUUCCCCUCGUCAGCGCUGCGAGAAGUGUACCUAGCCGGAGGACAUUUCAUACCAAAACAUAAUGUCAUCAUCGACGUAGACGUGUGGGGAGGUUACCAGGGUAUAGACCGUAAGAUAUUCGUGACCAUGCCCAAGUUCAAGCCAGGAGAGCCGGUGACUCUAGCAACGGUGACGAACAAACGAAGGAACCACACAACUCUACUGCAUCCCUAUCCUGAUUGGUCCUGGCACCAGGGCGACUGUGAUGGCAUCACUUCUGUCUUCAGGACUAGGGUUGACAAGUGUGGCAGGCUGUGGGUUCUAGAUAGUGGGAUGGUGGAUAUCUUUGUGGAUUCCAGGAGACAAUGUCCUCCGCAGAUCCUGGUAUUCGACUUGUACACAGACAACCUUGUCAAACGCUACCGGUUCCCAAAGUCGCUGCUGGAAGAUGACUCCCUGCUGAUCACGAUAGCUCUAGACUCGCGACAGGAGGACUGCAGUGACACUGUUGCAUACGUGACAGACGUGACUAGCUACAAGCUGCUCGUGUACGACUCUGCUACAGACAAAUCAUGGAAGGUGUCCAGUAACCUGUUCUACCCCUACCCACUUCACGGUGACUUCCACAUCAAUGGGGUUGACUUUGACCUAAUGGAUGGCCUCUUUGCUCUCGCUGUUGGUCCACUGCGUAACAAUGGUGAUCGUACCCUCUACUUCCAUAGCUUAGCCAGUGUUCAUGAAUCCUGGGUUCUUACCUCGGUGGUCAGGAACCAUUCUGCAUUCCAGGAAGAUCCUGGGGCAUCCCCACGAUCAUUCCACGUCUUCCAGGAGACCCGAGAUUCCCAGUCUGCUGCCCAAGAUAUGACCGACUCUGGAGUCCUUCUGUACAGUCUGGUGGAACAGAACGCUAUCGGCUGUUGGAACUCCCAUCUUCCCUUCAGGAAACAGAACUUGGACAUCAUUGCUAAGGAUGACUACACACUCCAAUUCCAGAGCGGACUGAAGGUCUAUGGCAACCACAUCUGGACUUUGUCCAGUCGGCUGCAAAACUACAUUGUGGAUGGAGUGCCUGAAGGAGAGAUCAACUACCGCAUCAAUGUUGGGCGAGUCUCUGACCUGCUGAGGCAUACACGGUGUGAUGUCCGCCUGCGACCAACUGAACUCCCCACAUUCGUCUACCCCUCACAAACCUCGCUGAGGCCAUGAUGGUUAACCCAGGUCUCUGCUCCACUCGUGGGGCAGAGCCCUGCCAAGUUCCGCACAUUCGUGUUCACCAACCACUACCUCAUGAGUAAUGUGGUGGAGGUGGGGAAGGACUUCAGUCAUCACUUCAGCUAUGUCAAAAUCAACCAUUGAUACUGAGGAUAAUAUUACCAAGGAUAGAGCUACAAAGGGAACAUUGCAUUUGGGGAAGUGAAAGGUUUCUUAUAGUUAUUAGAGAAAAUAACAGUGCCUUUUACUUAGGGCAUUGUAUUUUCUUUAAUGAAUGUCACAAACAUAAAUAAAUUUGUUACUUAAGAAGUAAGACCUCAUAUUUGACAUCCUUCUUCUAUAGGACCUAAACACUAUCUUUAUUUAAUCAGCUAUUUUUACAUAAUUGACACAGCGCAUUCUCAAGGAGCCAGUCCCCAGAAGGUGUUAAAACAUAUUAAAUGUAAGAAUAAAUCAGUCUUCAUGUCAUUUAAAAGUCUUGAUAAAUAGUGAACGUGUAAAAUAAUUCAUUAUUAUAAUCCUAAAAACGUGGUGAGAGGGAUUUUGAGUCCUAAACAUUAAAUCAGUCAUAAAAGAUCAUAAUUUAUGGCUUCACCAUUAAAACAAAUUUGAAGCAAAGGACAAGUCUGAUAUGUACAGAAUAGUUGGUGCCAACUAAACCCCAACCAAUGUGAGAGUUAAGUCAGCUUAUCAAUUAGCCAUUCAUUCUUAGUCAAAAAUCAAAAUGUAAGUGACCUGGAGCUCUCAUUAAUAACAAUACUAAUACAUGGUAUAUGGUUCAUUUGUAGUCUACAUCUCAUAUUCACUCCUAUAUAAAUGUGAUAUAGUAAUAAAGUAAUCUAUAUCAAUUUAUAUUUAGUCUGUAUAAAUAAAAACAACAAGGGAUACCGAUUCAAAUAUUAAUUUCAUUUAAUGAGAUUGAAAAACUGAAAUUUUAUAAAAUGCAUUUACUAAUUUUUUAGUAUAUAAUUUUUAUCCUUCACUCAUCUAUCAAUUCAAUUUCAUACGAAUAAUUACCAAUAAUUUCAUUAUUACAUUUGUCAGUAAAACAAUAAUAGUGCUAGUGGCAUUCCAUUUUGUAAUUUGUUCACUUAUUUUAACUUAUAUAAUGUAAAACCAGCUUUUAAAAAAACUGAUUAUAACUCAUUGCCAGUUAUUGUAUGAGCGAGCGC